CGCACAGCGAGUUUUCAUAAACAAGCCUGACAUCCUGUUUAUAUCACCCGGAGACUCGGGCGCGGGCUGAGGUCUGACGUCCCUCGUUGCCCGGAGAAUGUGGCCGCCAGCUCUCUGGUAGAAUUGCCGGGGGGCGGGAGGAGGGUUUUCCUGGCCUCAGGAUAGAGGCUGAGGGUCUUAGCGGGUUUCCUCCUUGGCCAUGUCAGCGGGGAAAGUUUCUGGGAUUGGGGGCCGUGUUUGCGGCGGCUGGGGGGUGUCUGUGGACUCAGGAAACGCCCCUUCCCCUUUUAGGUUCUGUUGGGACCCAGGCCCUAGGCAGCCAGCAAAGACGCAUCCCGAACUAGAGGGCCAGAGAAAAGAGAGGGACACAGACAGACAGAGAGACCGACAGUCACCUGGGGAGUUGCGAAUCCGACUGUAAAAGAAGCGAUUAACCGAAACGGGGUCUGGUCUCUGGCCCCCGGGUAACUCCUCGGAUCCCCCCGAGCGGUCAUCAAGCAUCAAAGAGACAUCUCGGGUCGUCUCUCACAAGUCACUCUCCAAGGUUCCAGGGAUGUGGGCUCCUUGCGUGUGUUUACCGAGGAACUUCUUUGGGGAGACUAGACAAAAGGUGUGAUUAUUGCCAGCUCAGCUCUGAACAGACUUUGGAAAGUAGAGAAGAAAAUCUCGUCUGCUUUUGGGGGACGUUGGACAGCCGAAUAAAUGCAGUAUCUAAACAUAAAAGAGGACUGCAAUGCCAUGGCUUUCUGUGCUAAAAUGCGGAGCUCCAAGAAGACGGAGGUGAAUCUGGAAGCCCCUGAGCCAGGGGUGGAAGUGCUCUUCUACCUGUCGGACAGGGAGCCCCUCCGGCUGGGCAGCGGGGAGUACACAGCGGAGGAGCUGUGCAUCAGGGCGGCGCAGGACUGCUGUAUCUCUCCCCUGUGCCACAACCUCUUUGCCCUGUAUGACGAGAGCACCAAGCUCUGGUAUGCUCCAAACCGCACCAUCACUGUUGACGACAAGACAUCGCUCCGGCUGCACUACCGGAUGAGGUUCUAUUUUACCAACUGGCACGGGACCAAUGAUAAUGAGCAGUCGGUAUGGCGGCAUUCUCCAAAGAAGCAGAAAAAUGGCUACGAGAAAAAAAAAGUUCCAGAUGCAACCCCUCUCCUUGACGCCAGCUCCCUGGAGUAUCUGUUUGCUCAGGGACAGUAUGAUUUGGUCAAAUGUCUGGCUCCCAUUCGAGACCCCAAGACUGAGCAGGAUGGGCAUGAUAUCGAGAAUGAGUGUCUGGGGAUGGCUGUCCUGGCCAUCUCCCACUAUGCCAUGACGAAGAAGAUGCCGUUGCCAGAACUCCCCAAGGACAUCAGCUACAAGCGUUAUAUUCCAGAAACGUUGAAUAAGUCCAUCAGACAGAGGAACCCUCUUACCAGGAUGCGGAUAAAUAAUGUCUUCAAGGAUUUCCUAAAGGAGUUUAACAACAAGACCAUUUGUGACAGCAGCGUGUCCACACAUGACCUGAAGGUGAAAUACCUGGCUACCUUGGAAACUUUGACAAAACAUUAUGGUGCUGAAAUAUUUGAGACUUCCAUGUUAAUGAUUUCAUCAGAGAAUGAGAUGAAUUGGUUUCAUCCGAAAGACAGUGGAAAUGUUCUCUACUAUGAAGUGAUGGUGACUGGGAAUCUUGGAAUCCAGUGGAGGCAGAAACCACAUGUUGUUCCUGUUGAAAAGGAAAAAAAUAAAUUGAAACGGAAAAAACUGGAACAUAAACACAAGAAGGAUGAGGAGAAAAACAAAGCCCGAGAAGAAUGGAACAAUUUUUCUUACUUCCCUGAAAUCACUCACAUUGUCAUAAAGGAGUCUGUGGUCAGCAUUAAUAAGCAGGACAACAAAAAAAUGGAGCUGAAGCUCUCGUCCCACGAGGAGGCCUUGUCCUUUGUGUCCCUGGUAGAUGGCUACUUUCGGCUCACAGCAGACGCCCAUCAUUACCUCUGCACCGACGUGGCUCCCCCAUUGAUCGUCCACAACAUACAGAAUGGCUGUCACGGUCCAAUCUGCACAGAGUAUGCCAUCAAUAAAUUGCGGCAAGAAGGAAGCGAGGAGGGGAUGUAUGUGCUGCGGUGGAGCUGCACCGACUUUGACAACAUCCUCAUGACCGUCACCUGCUUUGAAAAGCCUGAGGUGCUGGGUGGCCAGAAACUGUUCAAGAACUUUCAGAUCGAAGUGCAGAAGGGCCGCUAUAGCCUGCACGGCUCGGAUCGCAACUUCCCCAGCCUGGAGGACCUCAUGAGCCAUCUGAAGAAGCAGAUCCUGCGCACAGACAACAUCAGCUUCGUCCUGAAGCGCUGCUGCCAGCCCAAGCCCCGAGAAAUCUCCAAUCUGCUGGUGGCUACUAAGAAGGCCCAGGAGUGGCAGCCUGUCUACCCCAUGAGUCAGCUGAGUUUCGACCGGAUCCUCAAGAAAGACAUCAUGCAAGGCGAGCACCUUGGCAGAGGCACGCGGACACACAUCUACUCUGGGACCCUGGUGGACUACAAGGAUGACGAAGGGACUUCUGAAGAGAAGAAGAUAAAAGUGAUCCUCAAAGUCUUAGACCCCAGUCACAGGGACAUUUCUCUGGCCUUCUUUGAGGCGGCCAGCAUGAUGCGGCAGGUCUCCCACAAGCACAUUGUGUACCUCUAUGGUGUCUGUGUCCGGGACGUGGAGAAUAUCAUGGUGGAAGAGUUCGUGGAGGGAGGGCCCCUGGAUCUCUUCCUGCACCGGAAAAGUGAUGUCCUCACCACACCAUGGAAAUUCAAAGUCGCUAAACAGCUGGCCAGUGCCCUGAGUUACUUGGAGGAUAAAGACCUGGUCCACGGAAACGUGUGCACUAAGAACCUCCUCCUGGCCCGAGAGGGUAUCGACAGCGAGUGCGGCCCGUUCAUCAAGCUCAGUGACCCUGGCAUCCCCAUCACUGUGCUGUCCAGACAAGAAUGCAUAGAGCGAAUCCCAUGGAUCGCUCCUGAGUGCAUUGAGGACUCCAAGAACCUGAGCGUGGCCGCUGACAAAUGGAGCUUCGGAACCACACUCUGGGAGAUCUGCUACAACGGCGAGAUCCCCCUGAAAGACAAGACCCUGAUUGAGAAAGAAAGAUUCUACGAAAGCCGGUGCAGACCAGUGACACCGUCUUGUAAGGAGCUGGCUGACCUUAUGACGCGCUGCAUGAACUAUGACCCCAAUCAGAGACCCUUUUUCCGCGCCAUCAUGAGAGACAUCAAUAAGCUGGAAGAGCAGAAUCCAGACAUUGUUUCAGAAAAAAAACCAGCAACUGAAGUGGAUCCCACACAUUUUGAAAAGCGGUUCUUAAAGAGGAUCCGUGACUUGGGAGAGGGUCACUUUGGAAAGGUGGAGCUCUGCAGGUAUGACCCUGAAGGGGACAAUACAGGGGAGCAGGUGGCUGUCAAAUCCCUGAAGCCUGAGAGUGGAGGUAACCACAUUGCUGAUCUGAAGAAGGAGAUUGAAAUCUUAAGGAACCUGUAUCAUGAGAACAUUGUCAAGUACAAAGGCAUCUGCACAGAAGAUGGAGGAAAUGGUAUUAAGCUCAUCAUGGAAUUUCUGCCUUCGGGAAGCCUUAAGGAAUAUCUUCCAAAGAAUAAGAACAAAAUUAACCUCAAACAACAGUUAAAAUAUGCUGUUCAGAUUUGCAAGGGGAUGGACUAUUUGGGUUCACGACAAUAUGUUCACCGGGACUUAGCAGCAAGGAAUGUCCUUGUUGAGAGUGAGCACCAAGUGAAAAUUGGAGACUUCGGUUUAACGAAAGCAAUUGAAACCGACAAGGAGUACUACACAGUCAAGGAUGACCGGGACAGCCCUGUGUUCUGGUAUGCUCCAGAGUGUCUGAUUCAGUGUAAAUUUUAUAUCGCCUCUGACGUCUGGUCUUUCGGAGUGACUCUGCAUGAGCUGCUGACUUACUGUGAUUCCGAUUCCAGCCCCAUGGCCUUGUUCCUGAAAAUGAUAGGCCCCACUCACGGCCAGAUGACAGUAACAAGACUUGUGAAUACAUUAAAAGAAGGAAAACGUUUGCCUUGCCCACCUAACUGUCCAGAUGAGGUUUAUCAGCUUAUGAGAAAAUGCUGGGAAUUCCAACCAUCUAAUCGGACAACCUUUCAGAACCUUAUUGAAGGAUUUGAAGCACUUUUAAAAUAAGCAUGAGUAACAUUUAAAUCCCACUAUGUAUCUAGUCCUCUUCCCCAACAAAUACCCAAGCCAUUUAAAAAAUUUUUAAUGGAAAAACUUUGUAUUCUGUCUAAAAGAUACUUGGGUAGGUAUCCACGUACAAGGCACGCUGGGUGCUUCUCAGGUGUCAGCACUUCCUCUUUGUGUCACUGGUGCCAAAUGCCACAGAAAGCACUCCUCAGCACGGCGAGCCCCCGUCCCCGGCUCGUGCACCUCGCAAGUGCGGGCCAGAGGGGCCUUGCAGAACAAAAUUUCAAGAUGACUGCUUUCUCCCAGUUGAUUUAAAAUGUUUUUCUGGCACAUAAAGCUUAAUGGACUGCAUCGAUACUUCUACAUGCCCUAAAAUUUCACCUCUACAGUGAUAGAGCAGGCCUUCUCGAAAUAUUAGAUAUUAGUUAGUAUAUUAUUGUUUCUAUACAAAGAUGUGUGUAUUCCUGUCACCAGUAGGACUUAAAAAACUUUGAGUUGUUUCUGCAGUGGCUUAGCUACUGUCCCCUUGGGUAACCAACGGUACCCCCCCCCCUUUAUUUUUUUUUUGAGAAAAUGGUUGUACCCAGGGGGACAGCUGUGGAAUCAGUCCUUUGCUGCAUGAUGUUCAUUCUUGAGAACUGUGCAGUGCUUUCCUCAGCAGUGUACCUUGAGCCAGGCUGAGUCCGGCAGCCUGGAUGCUGUUGUACAUGCUUUUACGAAAUGUCAAUGUAUAGCCUUUUGUAACUACCACUUGGGGGCGAGCCAUUCCGGCACUGGUUUUGGAUACUGUAUGCAACCGGGCAGAAUAUAUACCACGUCCAUGGCACUGUUCGUAGAGUGUCUCAGUACCUACUACCCAUGUAUACAAGUGGAUUACUAGUUUGACCAUCACCCUAUGGUAGUGAUUUUGAACUUUUCUCAUCUCAUGGCACACCAGAAAAAUAGGUAUCCUUUCAUUCAUUCACACUGGACGGCUAGUGUUGUGUUUGGCUGUUGUCAUUUUUUUAUUUGACAGUCUAAGGGAAAAGAAGUCAGUGCCCCUGACUAGUCAGGUAUUGCAUGUUUUAAAAAUUCUUGUAGCACACUGGUUGAAAAUCACUGCCCUGUGGCAUAACACUUGAAAGAAAAGCCCCGGCUAGAAGCAGUGUGGAGUUCAGGAUCCACUAGACAGGUUGCUUGGAGGUAGCUGGAUAAUCAAAAUGUCUAAUCUCUGAUUCACUGUGAACCAUAGGAUCUUUGUGAAAAACUCUGAUACCACAUCAUUAUUUUUCACCUUUUGUGCUUGAAAAGGAGUUCUGGAUUGAUUCAAUGGCAACAAUAAACUUGCCAUUUAAAUUUGUUGAAUAACCCUACAUCACCAAGGUGUGUGUCUGUGUCAAACCUGUGGUCACUCUAUAUGCACUUUGUUUACUCUUUAUACAAAUAAAUAUACUAGAGAUGUCACAUGCAUACGCCUUUUAAUAUUCAGACUCCAUUUUCAAAGCAUUUCAAACAGUGUGUUUACUUAGAAAAAUAACAAUAUCGACUUUGGAAAGGGUUGGUAAUGGUCCUUAUUACUGACAACACUUGAUUUGUUCUUAUCUGCUGUGUCCAGUGACAGUGGGGCCAGUUCAGAGGGCAGAUCCACGUGUGCCGUGAUCCCAAACCUUUCAGUUCUUCCAACCUCUUCCCACUUUCACUUUGCAGCUCUGAGUUACAGUUCACCCUCUUCCCUUCCUUCUGUCUGUACUGCCACAGAGGUGGGACUAAGCAUCGGAGAAGGAAAAUAGGAAGAAGCGCAGAGCAUGGAGACUCCGUUAUUCAGCUGCUGAGUCAUAACUGACGGACGCCUAUCCGGGUCAGUUAUUAUAGGUAGUAUACUUCUUAGAAACUAUCUUAGGUUAGCUUUCUAGCUGUCAUUUUACAAAAGAAGUUAAUAUAUGCAAUAAAUUAGACCAAGUAAUAUUUUUUACAAAUUAUAGUAACAUAUGUACCCAUUUUUAACUUCAUAAUUAAAACAGGAUAGAGAAACCUUAUAACAUGGUAGAAAAUAAGCCCCCCAAAUUACAAGAUAUUUAAUGAUCUAAGUUCAAAAAGAUAAGGAUCAUUGAGACACCCCCCCACCUAAACUCCGUAUCAUCAGUUACAGUCUCAACAAGGAACAAAGUUAGACACUUCUAGAUGGCAAAGGGUUUCUCAUGCAUUUAAUACCAAAGUCUUCAGGAAAUGGUGAUAUCAAAAGUUAUAUGCAUUAAACAAUUUUUUUCAGAAGUAAAUUGGGUUAAACAGCUGACAGUUUUUUAGCCCAACAUACUACAAAAGAGUAAGAGACAAAGCAGAGUGAGGUAAAGCCUUAGCUCAAAAUGGUUAUAAAUACUGUCACUCCAUAAGACCUCUUCAGAAAGGACAGUAAUGCCUGUUUCAUAUGAUAUUGUGGAAAUAACGCAUUUAAUGAUCAAGAUAUGCCCUGUUCUCGUAAUCAGAUCGUCACUAGUCUAUGCCAUGGAAUGAGACAGAAACCUAAGUUCCUUGCCACUUACAAGUCAGCUGCAAAAGCUAAAGGCCUUUCUUUAAGUGAAGUAAAAGGGAAUUAGUACUGUUGGAUCAGCAUACUUUCUCUAUGAAGGGCCAGAGAGUAAAUAUUUUAGACUCUGCAGGUCUCUGUCGCUGUAGCACAAAAGUAACCUUAGUAUGUAAGUGAAUAAGCAUUGUUGUGUUCCAAUAAAAUUUCAGGUAAGGACACAUUUGAAUUUCAUAAAAUUUUCAUUUUUCCUCCAGCCACUUAAAAAUGUAAACAUCAUUCUUAGCUUGUAGUCUGUAAAAAACAGGUGGAGGACUGAAU